AUGGAAGAAGUACGCCAAGGGAUUUGUGGUCCUCACAUGAAUGAGAGAAUGUUAGCAAAGAAGAUCCUUAGGAUGGGAUACUAUUGGAAUUCAAUGGAGACCAAUUGUGUAGACUUUGUAAAAGGUUGUCCUAAUUUCCAAACACAUGCAAACUUGAACCAUGUACCACUGAGCGAGCUAUAUAGUAUGACCUCUUCUUGGCCUUUCUCAGUUUGGGGCAGAGAUGUAAUUCAAAUAAUAGCCCUUAAGGCCUCAAAUGGGCAUGAAUACAUCCUAGUGGCAAUUGACUACUUCACCAAGUGGGUUAAGGCAACCUCCUACUUUGUGCUAAAAGUCAUGCAUGUGGCCCGAUUCGUAGAAAACAACAUCAUUUGCCUGUUCGAAGUACUGCAAGAGAUCAUCUUUGACAGUGGUUCCCACUUUGAGGGAGAGGUCCAAAGGAUCAUGACACUGUACAACAUUGAGCAUCAUAAGUCUUCACCAUAUCGAUCGCAGAUUAAUGGGGCUGUUGAAGCAGCCAACAAGAACAUCAAGAAUAUCCUAGCCAAGAUGGUAGUGACAUCAAGGACUAGGCCGAGAAGCUCAUGUAUGCCUUAUACAGUUAUAGAACUUAUAUUCGUGCAUCAACUAUGGAAACCCUCUACUCUUUGGUUUAUGGGAGUGAAGUAG